UGCUGUGGUUGGCUGGAUUUAGGGAAGGGCGUGCCCCAUGCAGCCCAGCAGAACGCUGCGACGUCUGAAAUAUGGGGUUAUCUUUAACAAGAAGCAGAAUGGAAGAAGCAGGUUAAUUGGCAAGGAAUUUACAGGAAACCGGGUUCGGUUAUUAUUUUAUUGGUAGUCGGUGUUCAAAUUAAUUUGUCAUCUUCUCAGUACCGGAGAAAAAGAAGACGUAUUUGUUUUGUUGACAGGUGCAGAUCAGUUUGUGCGCAGAAGUAAGACUACUGGCCAUCAUCACCCAGCACACAACAAUGAAUUCUGCACAAUUACCUGCCCAGAGGAGGUAUUUAUUUGCUACCUGUCCUGUAGCUGUUCUUUCUGUUGUGGUACUUUUGCUGAUUUCAGUUGCUCCAGUUUUGCCUAAAGAAGAACCAUGUCAGCUGUGUAAGCAUCUAGUCAAAAUGGUUAUGAAGGGCCUUGAAAAAACAUCCAAGAAAAAUUUUGAUGGAGGAAAUCCAGCAUGGGAAAAGGAUAAACGGUUGACUUACAAAAAUAGUGAGACACGCCUGGUGGAAAUUACAGAAACGCUAUGUGAAAAAGGUGAUUUUGAAUGCUACAAAGUGCUGGAACAAUGUGAUGAACACCUUGAAACUUGGUGGUUUGAAGGGAAGGAUAAUGGUAGUGACCUGUUUCAGUGGAUGUGCAUGGAUGGUAUCAAAGCUUGCUGCCCAAAUGGAACAUUUGGACCAGAAUGCAAAGAAUGCCUUGGUGGACCUGCACGCCCAUGCUAUGGUAACGGAAGAUGUCUUGGUGAUGGAACCCGAUGGGGUUCUGGUCUUUGCAAGUGUAACCCUGGCUAUGGUGGGUUUUUCUGUGCCAGCUGCACAGACGGGUACUUCAUGGAGCACAGGAAUGAAACCCAUGUAGUAUGUACAGCUUGCUACAGUUCGUGUACAGAAUGCACAGGAGCCGAAGACUAUGAAUGUGUGCUUUGCAAACAAGGAUAUGAACUGUACCAUAACAGAUGCAUUGAUAUUGAUGAAUGUGAGACGGGGCCUGCCCCGUGUUCACCUGAUCAAUUUUGUUAUAAUACAGAAGGAUCGUUUGAAUGCAGAGCAUGUGACAAAGCUUGUGUGGGAUGCAAGGGAGCUGGACGUAGCAACUGUAAGAAGUGCAGCCCAGGAUAUGUCCGAGAGGGCACCAAAUGUGUGGAUAUUGAUGAGUGCAGUACCCAGGAGAACGUAUGCUCAGGAGAAAAACAAGUAUGUGAAAACAGUGAAGGUGGAUACUUCUGCAUAUGUGAACAAGGAUACGUACCCCAAGAUGGGAAGUGUGUAGAGGAUCAAACUUUAGUGAAUCCCGACAAAGGACUUUUUGAUGAUAUCACAGAUGAUGAAGUUGUGGUGUUGCAGCAGAUGUUUUUUGGGGUUAUCAUCUGUGCUCUCGCAACUCUGGCUGCAAAGGGUGACAUGGUUUUCACAGCUAUCUUCAUUGGAGCUAUUGCAGCCAUGGGUGGAUAUUGGAUGUCAGAGCGAGGUGACAGAGUCUUGGAUGGAUUCCUCAAGGGAAGAUAGUGUCUUCCUAGGGCAAACCUCCAUAAUUCAGGAUUGUGAGAAAAUGAGGCACAAACUGCUUUACUUCAGAAGUGCUACUGACCUCAUAUCUUUCACCCAAAAGCCUCAGUUUUGUGAUAGAAUUAUUUAUUUUUUUUUUUUGAUGGACUUCAGCAAUUUUAAGGAUAUUGCAGAUUGCCUAGAGUGGGGAUAUUUAUUCAUUUUUAAUGAAAAGUGGUAUUUUUUAUGUUGCAGACAUGGUCCCUGGCUUUAAUUUGUUAUUAGUAUGGACACUGCAAGUUUAAUAUACCAUUGAACAAGAUAAUACAGUCCCAAAGUACAAGAUGUGGUUGUUUCAUCUUUUUGUUUAAUAAGUUGUCGGGGUCUUUGUUGAGAGAUGCAUAUUGGUGGGUAAUUUAUUGUGUUAUAGGAUCAGUCCAAAGCAUGCUGACAAAAUUUGUAAAAAGUUGCACAUUGCUUUAGCUUUGCUCCUUUUUAUUUCUACUGUAAACAGAAGAAAAUGUGAUGUUUUGCUUAGGAUAUUAUCUUAAGGACAGCACAAUACCUGUAGCUGCAUGUUUGGGUAGAUUACUGCUGCAAGCUGUAGAGGAACAGUGAUUUUUCUUCUCAACAACAGUCUGCUUUAUAUGCCACCUUUAAAUUAUGCAUUGCAUUUACAUGGUACUGUUGUAGAGAUGUGUUUUUGUGACACGAGACAUUGCAGUUUUCAGUUAACAAUAUCCAGUUCCUUGAGAAUUGUUUUCUUUUACUCUUUACUGGUGUCUUUUUUUCCCAGUAGUCCUUGUGAUUUCAGGUAUGUACUGUGUCUCCCUAAUCAUAAUUGGGCUGUGCAUGCCUUCUGUCUGAUUUGGUAAAUACAGGAGCACAGUAAAUCCAUGUUGGAUAGCAGUGUGCUUAAUGAAAUUAGCCAUUUCAUUAUGCCAGAUUCCAUUUUGUCAUUCUGUAACAUCUCAGAAUGAUUGGCAAGUCCUUGAUGUGUGUCCAUGUGUAUACAUUUGUAAAAUUUGUAAUUAUAUUUUUAACUGUCUUAGCCUCCCUGUCUUUUUAGAUAAUUGUCUGUCAAGCAUGACUGAAAAAGGGCUACACUUGUGAAUAAAAAGAGGAAAAAUA